AUGAAUGAAAUAUGUUUGAAAGUAAGGCUUGGAGAAGAAGAGAUCAAGAUUGUAAAGGGUAAGAGUGCAUAUGAUGUAUACAAUGAAACCAGAAAAGGUGAUAAUGAUGUCGUGGUGUGCAAGAUCGAUGGUGUUUUGAGCGAUAUGUGCACAGAAAUACAGAAUGAUUGUGUGCUAGAGUUUGUGAGGUUUGAUGAUGCUGAAGGAAGGGAGGUAUUCUGGCACUCGUCAGCACAUGUUCUAGGAAAUGCACUGUUGAACCUGUAUCCUGGAGCAAGGCUAUCUCAUGGGCCUGCGACAGAAGAAGGGUUUUUCUACGAUGUGCAUGUUUCUGAGGCGAUUUCGUCUGAUGAUUAUAAGAAGAUUGAGGAUGAGAUGUAUAGAAUUAUAAAGAGAAAUGCAAGGUUUGAAAAAAGUGCAAAGAGUAGAAAUGAGUUGUUGGAGAUGUAUAAGGACAAUCCAUUUAAGACACAUUUUCUGAAUAAAAUUGAAGGAGGAAGUACUGUCUAUAAAUCAGGAGAGUUUGUGGACAUGUGUCUUGGGCCUCAUGUAAGAUCGACUGGGAUGAUAAAGGCAGUUAAGGUGCUGAAGAAUGGUAGCGCAUACUUUUUGAAUGAUCCGAAUCGGGAGUCGUUACAAAGGGUGUACGGAAUUGCAUUUCCAUCGAAAGAGCUACUGCAAGAAUAUUUAAGGAAGAAGCAAGAAGCAAAAGAAAGAGACCAUAGGAGAAUAGGCACUGAGCUUGAGUUGUUUUUUUUCUCAAAGUAUUCACCAGGAUCGUGCUUCUUUCUUCCUAAUGGAGCGAUUAUUUACAACACGUUGAUUGAGUUUUUGAGAGGAGAGUAUAGGAAAAGAGGAUUUAAAGAAGUUAUAACGCCAAACAUUUUUUGCACACAGCUAUGGGAAGAAAGUGGACACUUUACAAAUUAUAAGGAGAAUAUGUUUAUUAUCGAGGGAAAUGAGUUUGCAAUGAAGCCUAUGAACUGCCCUGGUCAUUGUGUCAUGUUCAAGCACCAGGACCACAGUUUUAGAGAGCUUCCAUUGAGAUAUGCGGAUUUUGGAGUACUGCACAGAAACGAACUGACUGGCGCACUUACAGGAUUAACCAGGGUACGAAGAUUUCAACAGGAUGAUGCACAUAUAUUCUGCACUAAGGAGCAAGUGAAGGAUGAGAUUAAGGGAUGCAUUGAGUUUCUAAGGUUUGUUUAUCGAAUAUUCAAGUUUAGGUUUGAAUUGGGAUUGAGCACAAGACCUACCCAGUAUCUUGGGUCUAUUAAUGAAUGGGAUGAUGCAGAAAAGGCGCUUUCUGAUGCCAUGGAUGAGUGUGGAAUUCCAUUUAAAAUCAAUGAGGGCGAUGGAGCAUUCUAUGGACCUAAGAUUGAUAUUAUCCUCCAUGAUGCAUUAGGAAGGGCAAUACAGUGUGCAACUAUUCAGCUUGACUUUCAGCUUCCACAGAGGUUUGGAUUGGAAUACCGUGACAGCGAUGGACAGCAAAAAACGCCUGUUAUAAUACACAGGGCGAUUCUUGGAAGCAUAGAAAGAAUGAUUGCAAUUAUUCUUGAGAGCUUUGGGAAGAGGCUGCCAUUCUGGUUGUCACCGAGACAGAUUGCUAUUGUUAGCAUGGGAAAUGCAGAAUAUGUUAAUGGAGUGAAGGUUUUGCUCUCUAGAUUUAGGGUUGAUGUGAUUGAUGACAAUAACACUCUGAACAAGAGGAUAAGGACAGCAGAAACACAAGGAUAUGCAUUUGUGUGUGUUAUUGGGAAGAAGGAGGCUGAGAACCAGGAGAUAAAUGUUAGGUUUGGCAAAGAAAACAAGAAUUUCGAUAUCAAUGCAUUCAAAGACAUUCUGGAUCAAAUGGCCGAUGAGAAGCUUGAGUUUGAAGACAUUCUGGACAUUACGAAAGCCACAAUAAGCAAUUAA